CUCGUCUUGCGAUCAUCCACGCAGAUUCCAUCACAAAUAAUCCACUAAAUUUUCACCACAAGUCGUUAUAAAAAAAUUUACUAAAAAUUCCAGUCUCAUCCAUCACCCGAGACCUCCAGCUACCGCAAGUGCCCAUUAAAAUUACAAAUAAAUAAAUAAAAUCCAGACAAAUUCGUCAUCUCGCCCGAGAAAAUCCCAAAUUUUUCCCCGAAUUUUCUCAGUGAUCAGUGCAACCAGUUCUAGUGCAAUCGGUACAAUUUGAAUUAUCCCGGGUGGCCCUCGGCGGCGGGAAAUAUUUGAACAAAAAGAGAAAUAAAUUAAACAGGCCAGAGUGAGAGGGAGAUGAAAAUAAUAAAAGUCAAAUAGAGAGUAAAGUGCGUCGUCGAUCGUUCGAGUGCAGGGCGUCCGCCAGUAUCUGUGUCUUUUUUUUUUAUUCAUUUUUAUUUUAAAUUCAACCAUCGAAAAUAAUUUUGACAUAUUGAAAAAUUGACAAAUUCAAGAAGAAAUUAGAGAACAUUGGAUUUAUCCACUCGUGGUAAUUCCUGGAUUUUAAUAAUUCCAAUUUUUAUUUUUAUUUCUAUUUUCUUAUUUAUUUAUCUCUGUGAUGUUGUGAAAUUCAAUCACGAGUGAUUAUGGCUGAGGAUAAUUAAAUGGUAUUGAGAUACUUGGGAUUACGAUGCUAGAUGUGGCCACGAGUUUCAGAUUUCGGCGAAAAAAUUGAAUGCCUCACAUUGAUAUCAUAUAUAAUUGAGAUGGUGGUCGCAGUCGUACGCGAUUUCAAAUGAUCGCCGAUACUGUCCAAGAUAUGACAGUAAAAUAGAAGUGAAAAUCCAAGCAUCUUCUUACCGAUACCAAUUUCCAAUGUUGUUUAGGUGAGCGGGGAGGGAGGCGCUGAGCGGUGGCGGCGGCGGCCAUGCGCCCCGGCCCGCCAUCACCGAGCCGUCGCAGGCCUGCCCGUCGCCAGCACCACCACCACUACCAACACCACCACCACCACCACUACCACCACUACCACCACCACCACCACCACCACCACUACUACUACCACCACCAUCACCAUCACCAUCACCAUCCGUACAACAUAACAAGUAAUCGUCAUCAUCGACACCGGAUUCUAGGCGAUAUUGGACGCGUUAACACGUGGGCGAUCUUGUUCCUACUGCUACUCGUGUCGGCUCCCUGUCUCGCACUCAUUGAGACGUCAUACAAUCAGUUGAAUCAUAUGGAAACGAGAAUAAUUGAUCACGGUGGUACAGCAAAAUCAUCGUCACUCGAACGGGCAACUAGAAAGCCCAGAAACUUGACUAUUGGAUAUUUAACAGCUAUAAAAGGUGGACUCAAGGAUAGACAGGGGCUUGCCAUAUCUGGGGCUAUAUCAAUGGCCCUCGAUGAGAUUAAUAAUGAUCCAAACAUUCUGCCAGACGUGCAAUUGGUGAUGCGGUGGAAUGACACACGGGGAGAGACAGUUGAGGCAACAAAAGCAAUGAUUGACAUGAUUUGCGAGGGUGUUGCUGCAUUUUUUGGUCCUGAAGGCUCGUGCUACGUUGAAGCCAUCGUAGCACAAUCGAGGAAUAUACCCAUGAUCAGUUAUAAAUGCUCCGACUACAAAGCGUCUAAAGUGCCGACAUUCGCCCGUACAGAGCCACCGGACACACAGGUAACCAAGUCACUGAUAGCCCUACUGUUGCAUUACGGUUGGAACAAAUUCACGAUAAUAACCGAGAGUGCGUGGACAACAGUGGCAAAAUCCCUGGAGUAUCAGGCUGCCAAGAACAACCUCACGGUGAAUCACUACAAGACCGUUGAAGAUCGUCACACAUGUUGCGAGGAUCGUUUGCCCUGUUGUCACGUGGGGGUUUGGUUCCAGUUGAUCCAAGAGACUAAGAACAUGACACGCAUAUACAUAUUUCUCGGUACACCCCUAUCACUCAUCGAAUUAAUGACUGCAAUGCAGAAUCAGAGAUUAUUUGACGACGGUGAGUACAUGGUCAUACACGUUGACAUGAUGACAUAUUCACCGAGAGAGGCGAAAAAGUACUUAUGGAAGCCCGAGGAUUACGAUAAAUUGAACAAUUGCCUUGAGCCUAAGGAUUUUCUCAAGCGUGCUAGAUCAUUAAUGGUUGUAACAUCCAGCCCACCAACUCAGAAUUACGAGGAAUUCACUAAAAAAGUCAGUGAUUACACGUCAAAAGAGCCAUUUAAUUUUUCUGUUCCUGAUUUGCUCAUGAAGUACGAGAAGUAUGUCUCCAUUCACGCUGCAUAUCUCUAUGAUUCGGUUAAACUUUAUGCCACUGCCCUUGAUCAGCUGAUCAGAGAUCAGCCUGAGAGCAGUCUCGAUGAGAUUGUCAGCAAUGGUACCCUCAUCAUCGAGACAAUCAUCAAGAGACAUACCUAUCAGAGUGUGAGCGGACAAACGAUAAAGCUGGACAAAGCGGGUGAUUCCGAGGGUAAUUUUUCGGUUCUCGCUCUGAAGAAGGAUCACUUUACCCAAGUAAAUUUGAGCUGUGAGUUCCAGAUGAAGCCAGUCGGCCAGUUUCAACAGGGUGAAACUCUAGUGUACAGACCAUCAGAGUCCAUGGAAUGGCCAGGGAAGAAUAAACCAGAGGCUGAGCCAGGCUGUGGCUUUCUGAAUGAACACUGUCCCAAAGAUGACACACAUCUUCGCAGCAUCGUAGCUGCUGGAAUUCUAGCUGUUCUAUUAUUUUGUGCUGCUGUAAUAACGAUGAGUAUUUACAGGAGAUGGAAAAUUGAACAGGAAAUAGAGGGUCUCCUCUGGAAAAUCGAUCCUAGUGAAAUUCAUGGAUAUCCACACCUGGAUAAUCUCAUGUCAUCACCUAGUAAAUUAAGCUUAGUUAGCGCAAUGUCAUACGAGUCAAGGUGCGGUGGCCAAGUGUUUGCCCAGACUGGACACUAUCACGGUGUUGUAGUGCGAAUAAAAGAAUUAAAAUUUUCAAAAAAAAAAGACAUAUCAAGGGAUGUAAUGAAGGAAAUGCGAACACUACGUGAAUUGAGACAUGGAAAUCUUAAUUCAUUCAUCGGUGCUUGCGUCGAGCCUAUGAGAAUACUAUUAAUUAGCGAUUAUUGUGCCAAAGGAAGUCUUUACGACAUAAUUGAAAACGAGGAUAUAAAAUUAGACGAUAUGUUCAUUGCGGCAUUAAUCCAUGAUCUCAUUAAGGGUAUGCUGUAUAUUCACGAAUCUUCAGUGCUAGUCUGCCACGGUAAUCUCAAAUCGUCAAAUUGUGUCGUAACAUCACGAUGGUCUCUACAAGUAUCUGAUUUUGGUCUUCACGAUAUGAGACACUGCGCCGAGUCCGACAGUAUCGGUGAACACCAGUAUUAUCGAAAUCUGUUCUGGAAGGCGCCGGAAUUGUUGAGGAAUCCCAAUGCUCCGAUAAGGGGCACCCAAGAGGGUGAUAUCUACUCAUUCGCCAUAAUUCUCUUCGAGAUGAUAGGGAGAAAGGGUCCCUACGGUGGAGUCAACCUAGAGCCCAAAGAAAUAAUCGAUCGAGUGAAGCGAUAUCCAGAGGACGGUGAACUACCCUUUCGACCAAAUAUCGACAUUCUCUUGGAAUCAGAGACUGAUUGCGCUGAUUACAUCGUCAGUACGAUAACCGAUUGCUGGUCAGAGAGUCCAGAGUUGAGACCAGAUUUUAAAAUGAUCAGAACAAGAUUAGCCAAGAUGAAGGCCGGUAAAAAGGGAAAUAUAAUGGAUCGUAUGAUGGAUAUGAUGGAGACAUACGCCAAUAAUCUCGAAGAUCUAGUCAUUGAGAGAACGCGUCUUCUCAACGAGGAAAAGCAAAAAACAGAGGAUCUGCUGCACCGAAUGCUGCCAGAGCCCGUGGCGAAUUGUCUGACCAAUGGAAUAGGUGUCGAGCCUGAGGCAUUCGACCUCGUGACAAUCUACUUCAGCGAUAUAGUGGGUUUCACAGCCAUGUCCGCUGAAAGCACACCCUUCCAAGUCGUUAAUUUUCUCAACGAUCUCUACACGGUAUUCGAUCGAAUAAUAAAGGGCUACGACGUCUACAAAGUUGAGACUAUUGGUGAUGCAUACAUGGUAGUAUCAGGAUUACCAAUAAAAAAUGGUAACAGGCAUGCAGGUGAGAUAGCAUCGAUGGCUCUUGAGCUUCUCAAUGCUGUUAAACAACACACAAUAGCCCACAGGCCCCACGAAACCCUAAAAUUGAGAAUAGGAAUUCACACUGGUUCAGUGGUAGCUGGUGUUGUUGGCCUAACAAUGCCAAGAUACUGUCUAUUCGGUGACACUGUCAAUACAGCAUCGAGAAUGGAAUCUAAUGGUGAAGCCCUGAGAAUUCACAUCAGUGCCCAGUGCAAAGAGGCACUAGAUAAAAUCGGUGGAUACAUUAUUGAGGAUAGGGGACUCGUUCAUAUGAAGGGAAAGGGCGAUGUUAAGACUUAUUGGCUGGUUGGGGCCAAUGAGAAGGCCAUCCAGAAGCGAGAGGUGGAUGUGGACGACUUACCACCGCUGUUCUGCCGUCCCCGACGCAGCCCAAAACUCAAUCCCGACUCACGUCAGCCCUCCCUCCUGGGUGGUCUAGGUGCAGGUUCUCGUCGUACAAGCGCAGUACCCCGUCCAAGCCCAGACGAUUCAGCAUCCCAGUGUGGAAAUUCAAGUCCACAACCUCGUCACCAUCGCCACGGAAAGCUUGAUCGAAAUCCCCUUUACCUCAUCGACAGCCUCUCAAAAACAACCCUAGACAACGUAACAGUCAGCGAAGAAGCGGAGAUUCGCGCUGCCAACAUAAAACUCGCCCUUGACGAUCUCUUUCUCGAGGGCAAGCAGAAAUUUAAGAAAAAUGCUCGUGUUUUAUCAACAAUUGCCUCAUCAUCAACAACAUCGGAUUAUCCAUCAACAAUAAUUCGUGAAUCAAAAUCCCUCGAUCCAUUUCCCAUUGAUUGCCAACGUGAAUCACUCCAAUUGCGGUGGAAGGAGCCAAAAAAGAGCUUUCGAUCACUCGAGAAUUGCGACAAGUGGACGAAUUCCAAGGAAAAUCUGAGAAUUCUUAAUAAUAAUUAUCCAAAUGGUGAUGUCAUUCACAAGGAUAAUUUCCAGGAGGAGGUGAAUACACCUCUUCUGGCUAAUGAUGACACGGGAACGAGUGAGGGGGAGGGACUGGGGUGUGUCAAGAGGUGGAGAUCGUUGGAUCAUGUGGUGAGCAAUGUUGGCGAUGGGGUGCCUGAUAAAAAGAGUUCUGCCCGGAAUUCCAUCAGGAGUUGGUUAGUUAAUCUUUUUAAUGGAAAUGGCCUGAGGAGUAGUGAAGUUUCUAUCAGGAGGGGAGUCAUUGCGGGGUAUGAAUUGCAGGGGGAAAGGGAGAGCAUUGUCUGAAUCGCGGAAAAUUUCAAUUCAAUGAUUAAUAAAUCAGGUGGACUUUGGAGGUUUCCUAAAAAUAUCUCCUAUUUUUUAUAAUUGCCUUGGAUUCUAAGAUAUACAGCGAAAACUGGUCAGCAAAGAAAAACCUGCUUUAAUCGUUUCAUCAAUUCAAUGUGGACUUCACCGCGAAUUCAACUGCAAUAAACAUUAUUUCUGCCAAGGGAAUCUUCAUAUUAUACAUAUAUAGUCAAGCAAUAAAUAUAAAUCGAAUUCAACAUUUUUCAUUAUCGAUUUAUCGAUUUAUCUGGAAAACAAUCGAUUUCAGACGAAAAUACCAAAAUUUUAUUCCGAUAAUAAUUCAAUUGGCAGAAGUAAUUUUUAGAAUGAUGAGAGCAUCAUUAACAAAUAAUUAAAUUCUUUUGUUGCCAUUUUACUCGGGGUAUUCUCACUGGCUGAAUCUUGAAUUUUGGGGGAGAUUGGACACUUCAGACUUAUUUAAAUACUCGAACUUCAGGAAAUUAUUAAUUGACAACAAUUUGUUUUAACCUUGGAAAAAAAAAAAAACUCCGCGUCCAUUUUACCCCAUCUCUUAUUUAUUGAGAAUUCAUAUUGGAACUCGAAAUUUUCUUUAGAUAUUUAUUACUAUCGAAUAAGAAUACAUAAAUCAGUGGCGGAGAGGUAGAAUAAAUGAUUUUUCCCCCUCAUUACAAAAAUUAUUCAGGAAUUAAUUAAUAGCAUUUGUAGCUGAACGAAAUUCGUCUGAAAAAUUAAACGAAAUUCUCUCUUCAGCCACUGAAUAUUCCACAGCUGUGAAAAUUCCCCGACAAUUAUUGUUUUUAUCAAGGAACAACGACUAGUUAAGUGCAAUUUUUAUGUACAUGAUUUACAGUUACCGAAAAUGUAUAGUUUCGUUCAAUAUUUCUCUUUAUUUUUACCGACACGGGCCAUUUAUUAUUUCAUCAAACCAAAAUAAAAAUUGAAUUUUUACUUUCAAAGGCCGACGAGCAAAAAAACGUGUUUUGAAUUCGCCGAUACAAUAAUAUUGUUUUUUUUUUUUUUUUUCAUUUUAUAAAUCUACGUUUUUUCUCGACAACCGAACGAAAAUCAAUUCGUUAUAACAAUUCCACAAUUUUUUUUCUUCAAAAGAAGAAACACCUUAACACUGAGGAAACAAAUGCAAAUAAUUGUUCCAAUCCUGUGAAUUAUCAGUUAUCAUCACUCAAAUACUUCUGUUUUUUUCUGUUCACUGAAGGAAAGCAAAUUCUUCGUAUGGCUGUGAAAAGUGAACUAUAAUUUGUACCUAAGGUGCUUAGUUUAAUACAAAAACGAGUGGAAAACCGAUGAAAAAAAUUAUAAUUAAAAUAUUUCUAGAUAUCUAAUUAAGAAUUGUAGAUGAUCUACAAAUAUAAAUCUGUACGUAAGUUUGUAAAGUUUAAGAACAAAGAUCGACGUCGAGUGUAUAUAAAUAGAAUAAUAAUAUAUCGUUGUAUAGAUAAUUGUGUAAAUUUGAACAAAGAAAGAUAUGGAAAUAAAAAUGGAAAGAAUUUUCAUUUCAUUCUCA